AUGCGUCAAGCGGCUAAUAAUCGACUGCGAAGUUUCGAGCGAGAAAUUCAUUUGUUGAGGUGAGUUUUCUUAUGAAAUUUUGAAAAAUUGCUCUUUCCGUAUUUGGAGAAUCAUGUUUUAUUCAUUUCAAGUUCGAAAGUGCGCUUCUAGAAACAGAAAUGUUGAUUAAAGUCAGAAAUGCCGAAAAAUUCCUUAAAAGUUGCAAAAACUCGACAAAACCGAAGAAAAAACAUUCCUAACCCAGCGGGGAUCGAACCAAAACUGCAAAAUUGCCGACCAACACUUUUACCUCUGUGCCACGCGUACCAACUUCUCUGUGGCUCUCAGGGUGAAGACAUUCCCGGUGCGGGGCCGGGUCUGUGAAGUUCGCACCAGAAUUCCGUUCCGCAUUCCGCAUUUUUAAUGAAAAUGUUCAAUGUUUUCCAGAGCUAAUAAAGAUCACUUUUCAAUCAAAAACAAACAAACUUGACUUGAUCUUGAGACUGAAGAUUGAAAACUGACAUUUUGAGGCUAUUCUUAUGAAAUGCGAUCUGAAAAGUCAACAUUUGUGUUGAUAGUUGAAAGGGAAAAGAGUUCUGAAUGUGUAGGCGAAGAAUCUUCUCGAAAUCGGAUAUUGUCGGUCCGAAUGUCCGAAUAGUUGGCACGUCUAGACGUUUCCGCUUCACAAAACUCAUUUCACCGAGUGGUGCGCUUGAUCUGCUAGUCGUUGAUCCGAGAAAACAAUAAAGGUAGAUAUUGUCGAUCCGAGAUUUCGCUCAUUUCUGUUCGGCUCGCAAACAAAACGCAUUGUUUGCACGUGACGCCUGUCAUCUUUUCCAUCUCUCUCUCUCCGCUUCCUUUCCGUCCCAAAUUCCCUCCCAGUAUUCCGAUGAUAUUAAUGAAGAAGCAACUUUUUACAACUGUUUUUAUGAUCCCCGGCGCCCCCGGGGGGACCGCGGACAUCAGCGAAAAAGUUCAUUUUUCCGUCUUCUCCGUCCGUUAUUCGACUCAUUCGAAUGAAAUCUCGUGGGAAUCCCUUCUUCUUCUUCUUCUUCUUCUUCUCUCUUCCUCGCUGAAUCCGUUUUUGAUGAAAGAAAAUGGUGUGAACACGUCAAAAUGACCGAUUGUCGAGUGGGGAAAUGGGGGCCGAUUUCGGAGAGCAACACACAUUUUAGUGCUUGAAAAUGGGAUAGUUGUGAAGGAUUUGAAACGGAAAAGUACACCUGGUUGGAUGGGAUAGUCGACUAGUUUCACGAAUUUUGAUGGUUUUCUAUAAAACAGUCCGGAAACUGACACUUUUGCGAAUUUUUCGAGCGUACAACCGGCUCGAAUGUAGUGUACUAGAUUUUGUAUACUUUGAUAAGGAAUUGGCGAGAUUUUUGCUGAAAAACUCGACUUUAUAGGGCAUUGAAACUGUUUUACAGUUUCGUCGAAGUCCCAAAUAGGAUAGUAAACGAAUUUCAAAAGUAUUGAAGUUUUUUUCACAUCCCGAAGCGAAAUGUGAUUAGAAAACGGAAAUCCUAUUCGACACGCGUCUAGAAAUCAUUUCUGAAUCCGGUAGAGCCGAUUUAAGCUCCUCACGGUAUCGAGAGUUGACAAUGGGAAUGGGCGCAAGUGCGCCCCGCCCAAUAGAGCGAUACAUUGGCGCGAAAUUCAAAUUUUAACAGCAAAAUUUGUGUUUUUUGCCAGAUUAGCCACGAAAAACCGAUAAUUUCUCAUUUGUCUCUCGAUAGACCGAUUCUAUAGGUUAUUACGAAUUUUUUAAGCGCUAGAGCGUUAAAUUUGGUCAAGUCGCAAAUUAAAUUUAUCCGUUUGAAUGUUUUUGGCUAAAACUGCGUGAAUUUCAGUUGCUUUUCGAUAAUUUUCGCAGUUCGAGCGCUCAAAAUGCUUGUAUUUACGUGAUUUAUCAUUCUCAAAACCAAUUCUGUCUGAAAACGGUCAAGAAAGCGCAAAAUGAAAAGUGCGGUUUUUAGGCGGAUAUCGGCGGCGAAGGCGAAAAGCAAAGUCCGCGAAAAAUGCGCCAAAACGUCACGAAUUCUGAGAAUUAGCGUGUUUUCAUGUCGAACAAUCACUUUUCAUCGCCUUUGACCACAAAAAUCAGAGAAAACGUGCUCAAUUCAUGAAAACGCCAUUUGGCCGCCGAGGCCACGCCCAUAUUGUCAGCUCUGAAGACCGUGUCGUAGCCUGGUUCUAGUACUAAAACUUCAAAAACAAAAGAAAUACUUGUGCGUUCAAUGAAACUGUAAAAGUAAACUUUUUUUUUGGCGAAAUGACAAUCUUUUGUACACAUUUAUCACUGUUUCUCGGACUGGUGAAAGGAUAAAGUUCGGAUUUGGAAUAACAUUUGGACCAAAUAAUUUCGAGGGCUGUCAUGUAGGGCAAAUAGGAAAAGUUUCAAUCUCUGAAAGUGUUCAUUAACGUCCAAAGUGUUGAAAAACGGAUCCUACAGCUAUCAUACUUUAUUUCACAAUACAAACGAACGUUCCGAACAGAUUUAUCAGAUUUUUUCAAGGAACUGAUUACCCACUGCGUAUAUGAAACGUUGCAAAUGCUGUGUACCUUUUGAAACUGUAAUAAUAGUUAAAGAAAACCUUGAAAGUGUACAAAAUCAAAAAUGAAUGUAACUUUCCGUUUCGCUGAUUCCCCGCUCAUAUCCGCUUUUCCAUCCAUCUUGUUCCCCGAUUUCUGGUGUUCUUCGGCUCGAAAACAAGCAGGACCACCGGAAAGAAGGAGGCCGAGGCGGGAAGUUGUCAAUCAGCCGCACGGACCCCCUGUUUUCUCGUUAUUUCAUAUCGCCGAACAACAUGUACCCGGCGGAAACAUGUGGUUUACACUCGCGUUUUACUUGCGAUUGCAUCUUCCACUUUUUGGCCUAGGCUUCCUUGUUUUUGAGUACUAGCAAAACUUUUUUUGCAAAGGAAGUUUCACUCUGGUUGGGAUCGAACCAAAACGCCUCAAAUCGCUACGAUCAACAGCUCUACCACUGCGCCGCGCGCGCCGUCGCUCGGCGCCCCUCCCAGGCCGUAUAUAUUACCGGUGGUCGGCCGCAGAUUUCGAAUUUUCAUACUGAAAUCAGUCAAUAUGAGCACCCAACUUUUCCGUUUCGAAAACCCAAUGAAUUUUGAGCAAAAACUCAUAAAAUAAUGAUAUAAUAGAAUUACACAUAUCUAGCAAGAGUAACCAAAAAUCAUUAGAAAAAAUGUUUAACUGCAUUUCGUCGGAUAACCUAAAAUAACAAGAUUUUGUGUCUUGGUUCUGAUCAUUUCUCACACAUUCAUAACAAAAUCCAGUGAAACGACACGUGGCAACAAAUGGAUAUUGUGUGACAGAAAAGAACUGCUGUCUUUCAAGUACCAUUUAACUUUUCAGUUUCACCAAACCCUUAACACUCCACUGAAACCUUAUUCCUUACUCUUUCUCUCUUUUCGAUGGAUAACUUCAAUUUUCGCGAAAAUGUUCGGGUGUCCAGUAAAAGUCGCAUAAAUCACUCACAUUUUUACGCGAACGCCGCCAUUUCCAUUUCCAUCCUCCCCACUUUUUGGUCUUUUUCUUUCAUAUCUCGUGCUCUGCCUAUAAUGGCCGGAAGCUCGCCGAGUUCCUUCCGGACGUGCCUCAAUUGGCCAUUGAAUGGCGGGCGGGCGGCUUCCGGACGAGCCGUUGCUCCUAGAGCCCACCGCUAUUUUAUUAUAUUUUGUGACAAAGAACGCUGAAACUUUCCCACACUCUUUCCACACCUCAUUGAUCAAUCGGAGCCGCCCGGUGCACUUAUGAGCAAAUUGAGCAUGAGCUCUCCGUCCCGCCCACUUUUCCUUUUAUUUCUCGCUUCAUUUGUCUCAAUCUCAAUUCGGGUCGUUUGCGUCAUUUGCUCAACUACGUGCUUUUUGUGUACAACGCUGUUCACAGACGCCGUUAGUUUUUUAAUGAAUAAGAAUGAUAAUAGUUUGGGGACUAAACCUACGUACCCGCCAAUAUCUAGAAUCUUCUCGACAAGGUGAUUUCAGUUUUUAAGUGCAUGCUCUCAUUUUCCAAGUUCUCGCUGUUUCAUCAAGUACUCAAACAUCGUGGUCUUGUCUGCGAUCUAAUAAUCCCCUUUCUGCACUAACAAAGGAACCUUUUAAGUGGUUGUUAUCUCCAGCACAAACGGACUUUCAAAACUUAUAUUCCAGUUUUCAAAAGGUUGCUGUUGUAUUGGGUUAUCAACGAACUUUGCACGGCCGCCGCCACUUUCAUAAACUACAAGAAACAGAAGAAGUCGGGUAAAAAGUACAACUCGUACUCGUUUUCCGUGAACAUGUUCCUGAAUUCCCACCGGAAUUCUCCUUGCUUCCAAUAAUUGAUUUGCCCCUCGUGAGCCGCGCCCGCCCGCAACAAUUCGCUUCUUUUUUGCCCAAUAUUACGUUUCGCUGGCCUGAAAAAAUGCGCCUUCUUUCCUUCCAUUCGUCCUCCUAUAAAUCGUUCUCUCGAUAUUUCAUUCAAUUUACGUGUGUGACAGACAGAAAUGGUGAAAAAUGGAUGGGAAAAUAGGGAAAGGAAAACGAGGAUUUUGGGGCCAAGAUAAGGCCAAAUGGAUGAAUUAUAUUAUAUGGCUGGGGUGGCGAGAAAAUGAAAAAUACGACAAUAUCAGAGUUAGUUCCCGGUUCCAACUUUCUCAUGCCCUUUCGCAUUUCCUCUCCCGAAGUGUGUGCUCAUUAGUGAUUCCCGAGUGGUCCCCGGGUGGUCCUUCUCAAUGGUCACGCAUCCUUCCCCCCCGUUUCUCAAAGUGACCACGAACAAAUGAGCAGCAAAUUGAGCAUGAGCACACAUAAGAGCGCUUUCGCUCGAUUUGUCUCAAUUUUGGAAAGAAAGGGUCACUUUGAGUUUGCCACCCACCCACAAACGGCCACUUUCUUCACGGAAAUUGUGUUGACGCGCUCGUUUUCGGACCGAAUUUUUAAAAAUUGGCAUGGACACCUUGACGGUCACGGGUACGCGGCAAUUUUUAAAAAUUGGCAUGGACCCCUUGACGGUCACGGGUACGCGGCAAUUUUUAAAAAUUAGCAUGGACCCCUUGACGGUCACGGGUACGCGGCAAUUUUUAAAAAUUAGCAUGGACCCCUUGACGGUCACGGGUACGCGCCAAUUUUUAAAAAUUGGCAUGGACACCUUGACGGUCACGGGUACGCGGCAAUUUUUAAAAAUUAGCAUGGACCCCUUGACGGUCACGGGUACGCGGCUAUUUUUAAAAAUUAGCAUGGACUCCUUGACGGUCACGGUUACGCGGUUCUCUUUUUCUUUUCCUUUUUGCCAACUUUGAUCCCAAAUUUGUUUAGUGAAAAGAAUCCAUCGCCUAAUUCCUUGUGAGACAAACAAAUUUCGACAACACUCUCGAAUUUCGAAUUUCGCGAAACGCCAAAGAAAAGUUGUGUGUGAGUGAAAUUCGAUCCGUGUGAGGUGAGUGAGAGAGAGAGAGAGAGAGAGAGAGAGAGAGAGAGAGAGAGAGAGAAGAUUUCGUCUCAAGAUUAUCCGUUUUCUUUCGCUCAUUUGCACCCAAAACUCAUUAAAAUUUCGGCGCUCAAAAAAAAUCGCAUUAAAAAUUUACGAGUUUCUCGCUUUUUCUGCUCAAACUUCUCUCUAGUCAAACGAAAAUUUUCAGAAAGAUGGACGGCGAAACGGCACUUUUGGACGAGUACAAUUCGAAUUUGGCGUCUUCGAGUUCGGCGUCGGAUGUCGGCGAACGGACGGGACGCAACCAUCAUCAUCAUCAACUGACCACCGAGUUCAACGAGUGAGCGCCUUUGAAAUUCGGUCGAAUUCAAAAACGGCUACGCCCCGCCCCUUUUCUUCAUUCCAUCGGAAGCCACGAAUCAUUUCCAGUUGGCUUGCCGCCGGCCGUCUUCUGGCGCCCUCGUUUUCGUUUUCGUUUGCGUUUCUAUCAAUAUUUUCUAAUUUAUUUCUUUUUCGCCCUAUUCCGAAGGGCUUUCCUCCUCCUCCUCCUCCAUUUCAAAUAUUUCAUUUUUGGGCGAGAGAAGAUGCGCAAACUUUGGCACUUUUUCAUUUGGAUUUUUCGGGUCCGUGCGCGCCGCGAGCUCUUUUCAAGAUUGGCUCUGAAAAUUUCAAGAUUGGCUCUGAAAAACAAUGCAUUCACAAGUUGUUUCCGUUUAAACCGAACCGAAUGAAGAGGUGCUCAAUUGAAAAGGCGGAGCACAACGAAGAAGAGGAGCACUAAACACUUUACACUUCUUCUUCUUCUUCUUCUCCUUCUCCUCCUCCAUUUUUCCUCAUUCUUCUGCCCCAUUUUACUAGUUUCCACGGCUGGAAUGCUCGAGAAGGUAGUGCUUUUCGGGGGCGCUGUGAGAACCAUCAAAUUUUUAUUAGUUUUCGCCGAAAAACCGGCAUGUUUUGCUGUUUUUUCCGUGUCUCAGGACUUUGCCCGCGAAAUUUCAAUUUUCUACGUCUCAAAAAGCGAGUUUGACAAUUUUAGCGAAAAAUUAGUGCUGCGCCUUUAAACUUACCGUAUACGUUCUUCGGGAGAACACGCGUUUCGCUAUUUUUAAGCACUUAACUGUUCAAAAAAUUUUCAAAAAAAGGAUACGGUAGAUUUAAAGGCGCAGCACGGGCGUCGAUGACAUUUUAUGAGAGGAGUUGGCCGCCAUCUUUUCCUGGAUUGAUGAAUAUUUCAUCAGUAAUCCGAUCCGUGUAGCAAUAAUAAUAGCCGUAAUAAUGAUAUAUUUUCAUUUUCAUUUUCCCCGUGCCCAGUUCAAUUUCCAUGUCAGUUUUCAUCCAUCAAAACAUCUUCGAAUUGUCUUUUCGUUUCUCUAACUCUCUUCGACGCCGUCAUUCUCUCGUUCCAAAGUCUAAUUAACGUCUCCGGGAUCUUUUGACAACAAAAUAGACAAAUUUUGGUCGCGCUCUCACUUUUCUCCGCCUCCUCCACAGCUCCUUUCGCUCAUUAGAGCUCCUUGGGCCGGCCGAGAAGAAACGCUUUCAUUUUAAUUGGAUUGCCGGCGAAACAGAAGGAGUAGAAGACGUUGUGGACGUCAAAACAACAACAAUGCUCUUUUCUACGUUCCCCCCGCCCAGAAGUUUCAUUUUGUUUCGUACAACGUUUGAUGACGUCGUUAUUUUCACUUUUUUCGUGGGUUUCAAGUCACACGCCUUCUCAUUCCGCUUCAUUUGCUUUCGCCCCCAAAAAAGCAUCUAGAAAUGUCACCAGUCGAGACAGGAAAGGCAAAACAAAUUCUAGUUCUCCAUGCUACCGUCUUGCAUAGUAAUCGAAAAGUUUCCGAAACUAGUUGAAACCGUAAACCCACAUAUUUUCAUUUUCAGAUCCGCAAACGGUUUCCCCUCGUGCUCGCGUUAUCCGUACGAAAUGACUCAGGCAAACGGGCACGUCACCGUCGUUCAGGUACCGUAAUCGUUCCAGAAGGUCUCCAGAGACACUUCGCACUUUUCAGCCGGGCUCAUCGCAACCGGACCGACUCGAAACGGCCGUCGACAUCAACGACGGCGACACGGACAUCGAGGAGGAACUGUCGCACUCUUGCAAACAAGUCAUCGUUCCGUCCAAGUCCCAGGUGCUGUUCUACGUCUCCACGAGUACGCACCUUCGACUGAACCAUCAGGGCUCCGAGCUGCAGGUCAGUUUGUUGUCCCGUCAAACCUCAAACCGACAAUCCUCCUCUCAUUUCCAGGUAACCGAUCCGUCCGACUUUCCCCUUCUCGACAUUUGGUCCGAGAACGUGUGCGACGAGGCGCCGUUCUGGAUCAUCGAGUCGUACGGCCGGAGGGUGGCAGUGGUGACCGACACGGCGCCGCGAUCCAUCCUCUCCCUCCUCAUUCCGUUCUUCCGACCGCGACGGACCGUUCCGACCUUCUCGAUCAUCGAUUGGAACGGAGAGGUUCUCGGAUACUAUGCUCUUGGUGAGUUCCGUCACACGAAGCUACUGUUUAAUCAAAAACGUGUAUCUUUUCCCAUUUCUUUCCGUUUCUAAAAUCAGCUAAAAGCAGACUUGUCGCGGGCCAGCCCGAUCGGAUCGGGUUUUUUCUACAUUUGAAAACAUGUUUUUUGAGUCUGUACUAGCUAAUUUCUUCAUUUUUUUUUGCAGGAAGCGACGGGAUCGAAGUGCAAGACACUCGACACGAGCCAAUCGCGAAGGCCUUCUGCGAGCCGGACCCAUCGGGCGGAUCCACGUGGCGAGUGGUGUGCGAGAAGAAUGCGCAGAGGCAACUGGCGGUGCUGAGCGCUGACGGACGGCUCUCUUUCUCGUCGGAGAUUGCGCUGCCGCUCAAGCUGCUGCUCAUUUGCACUCUGAGCCGGGCGGUCGUCAACCGCACCUCCUCGUCUUGUUUUCCGUUCUUUCGAUAA